AUGGGCAACGAAGACAGCAAGGACGCAUCAACCCAGAAGAACUGGACUGAUGAUGAGACCAACCCGUUCGUUGCCUUCCGGCGCUACGCUGAUGAGCAGGUCUCCACCAUGCUGCAAUCUAUCACGGGCCUCCCUUCGAUGGUGACACAGCCUCACCACGGCCACUGGGAUAUAUUUGAGGAUAAUCACGACUAUAAGAGUCGGAUGGCUCGUCAACGAAACAGUGAUAAUACGGGCAGCAACAAUUAUCCAACAGAACGAGACAGCGGAAGUGGUUAUCCGGAUGGAGAUGAUCUACGCAACUAUGGAAAGAAUGCACGACCACGCCAACCAGAGAACGAUGAUCUGUGGAAGAAAUGGUCUAAUGGACCAUCCGAGCUGUUUGGCCUCGAUUCUUUCUUCGACCGGUUCUUCGAGGACCGCUUCUUCCCUUUCGCAUCGCAACUCCUACACUCCGGCCAGAGCCUUCUCCUCCGGGAUAUGUUUGAGGACACCGAAUCUCCAACCUGGCCGAUUGGGUAUAUCCUGUUCAGCCCAUACUCGCCUCUCCAUCUAGAACGUCAAGCACAGUACCAAGCAAACCGUGAGAAGGGCGUUUUCUCUUCUAUCAUGUCGUCUUUGCAUCUCAACUCCGACCGUGACCCCUCCGAACCACAGUGGCGAGAAGCCUUCGAGGAUUUAAUCCGACUCGAGAACGACAAAUCGAUGCUCGAUCGUAAUGCCGUCACCGCACCAGAGUCUGGAAAGGAUUGGCUACAAGGGCUUAUUAAACGAGGCAGCUUGGGAGAUAAGUGGAAGUAUGUUCCUGGCAGAGAUGGCCAGCCUUGGUCGGGCAUUACGUUCUCUAGCCGUGCAGGCCCAGAACAGGACCAGUCUCGGUCUCGGUCUCUACCGGAGAAAGAGAAAGAAGCCGUCGAUACGAAGGAGGCUGACAGCGAGCUGGAGCUGUAUGAGCGCUUCUUGCACGAUAUUGAAAAUCGCGAACGCGAGUUCUUCCGCGGGGUUUCCGAAAGCCCUCUUCUGCGUCUCCUACUCGAGGACCGACGGCGACAACAGGAGGAACUUGAGAAAUACAGACGCAGCGCUCCAAAGGUCGAAGAUGAGCACAGCAGUGACGAUAAUGAGAAUUGGAUCGAUCUUGUGUCUGGCGGAAACAAGAAAUCAGUUCCUGAAACACCCGAGGAUUUGCCGACCGAGAUCCAGACCAAGCCAACACCAACCGAAGCUGUCUCGGAACCAGCGCAGCCUCGUAUCAUCUCUACUAUAACUCGAACGGAACGUGUACAGCUUGCUGAUGGCUCGGUUCAGAGCAAGAUCGUUAAUACCAGGCGUUUUGCAGAUGGCCGAGAGGAAAGUGACGAGUCUGUUGAGGUGUCUCAUCCCCAGAAAGGUUCCAAGUCUGACUCUGACACACCGAAGAACGGUUGGUUCUGGAAAGACUAG